GUCGUGAACCGCGUGGUAUCGCUCCUGAACCAGCAGGCAAAGCUGCUGAGUGGAGGUCAGCCAAUCCAGAUUCCGGAGGAAGUGCUGGACAAGCUGUGCGUGCGCUUGCGCAAUGAUGGCGAACUUCUUCAGGUGCUGGGAAGCCCCGCAGCCUUGAGCUUGUGGUACAAGCUGGAAAGGAGCCCUCUCGACAGCCCAAAGCUGCGCAUGCCAGAGGACUCGCAGCAGAAGUAUGUUUUAAAGGCUCUCACCGACGGCUACUACCGCGAUAUCCAGGCAGUCGUGAAAGAGGUCGUCCUCGUGGCAUCUGCGCAGGAGGCCUCUUCAAAGAUGCGACAGCUCCACGAGGCGCUGGAUGCGGUUCGCUUUGCCGCCAAAGCCAAAGGGGGCCCGCUGACGCAGGGCACUGGCGGCCUAAUGAAGCAGGUUGACAAGGCCUCAGCAGAGGCAGCAGAUGCUCUCAUUACUCUCAGCCAGGCAAAAGUAGAAGCGCAAGAGGCUGCGAUGCGAGUGGGAAAGGGCUUGGGCAAGACCUGGCAAGCAAAGCUUGAUGAGCUGAUGGUUGCCCACAAAGAGGUCCCAGACGUCGUUGCUGAACUGCGCAGACUGGAUCCAAGCAAGGCCAAAGGAUCCAACAGCUCGAGCAAGAAGAGCUGA